UGCCAAGCAACAAAACCUAUACAAACACGUGCCUUUCCACAAACGUAACUUGCUAGCCUAAUAACAAACUAGCAUUUUCUGCCGAAAGUCUUCUUUCCUUGAGAAUGCUUUCUAAAUAACGAGGAAGUGUGCCUAAACAGAUGGGCCAUCUAAAGUGAGAACAUACAGCAACUCCACACAUCUGUUUUGUAGAUUCCCACAAUGGCUGGGACUAUUUUUUGUGAGCCUUCUGACCUAUACAACCUUCUCAACCAAUACAACCGCCUCUCAAGACUUGCCGAGUUCAACUACCUCUGUUUGAUCGAUGCCCGUGCUAAAGGACAAUACAAUGCAAGCCACAUCAUUGCUGCACGAAAUGCACACUGGGAUACAAAUGGUACAUUUGUUAUGCCUGAAGGAGUGGAAGUGGAGAGCAUGCGGUAUAUUGUGGUCUAUGACAACAAUACCAGUUCUUUGCCAGGUUCAGGUGAAGCUAUUGCAUGUGCAGAGGCCUUGACAAAAGCAAGCCAAUAUCCUGUCCAAAUCCUGAAGGGAGGUUUUCAACGCUUCUCAGCCUAUUAUCCUUUCUUCAGAACACAGAAGAUCCUUUAUACUGUUAAGGAGUUGGAGAGCCUGAAGCCUUAUCCAGUGGAGAUCUUGCAAGGCCAACUCUAUAUGGGAGAUUUCAAGCAGGCCAUAAACCCUCACAUCCUCAAAGACCUGAAAAUAAACGCCCUGGUCAAUGUUUCGGAGGACAACAGUCUUUUGUUUGAAAAAGGAAACCAUACCGUCCUUCACAUCUGUGUGAGCGAUUCAGUUGAGGAUAAUUUGUACUCAAGUUUUGAGCGGAUAUGUGUUUUCAUUGGGACCCGUAUCAACACAGGGUAUGCUGUCUUGAUAUUUUCGAGUCAUGGCAUUAGCCGCUGUAGUACCGUGGUUAUGGCCUUCCUAAUGCACCACUUAAAGUACACUUUAAAGGAGGCCUGGCAGCAUGUUCUUCGAUGUAGAACCAACAUGAGGCCAAACCGGGGGUUUGUGGAGCAGCUCUCUGAUUGGGAGUUAAAGACACUGGGACGAAGAAUAACAGACGUGGCUGAGCCUCACUUUUAAGGAAUCGCUAAAGUUUCCCUGUUUAGUGAUAUACACAAUGUAUCAAUGACUUCUGACGGAAAAAACCCUGCAAUACAGAUUAUUUGUCAAGUGGUAAUUAAAAAACACAAAUAUUUGCAAGUCCUGUGUAUACUCAACCAAAAUAUAUUAAAACAUAACUGUUUCAAAGAUAGAAAAUAAUAGUUCAUAAUAGAAAAUCUGAUAUUUAUAAUACACUGAGUAGGCUUUAAUCAGUGUACUUCUCAUAAAAUACACACACUUUUUGCGCAUAUGGAAUAAACAUGCACUAAAAGCCGUGGAUCUUACCUCAUAAAAUGUUUACAUUUUACGUUGAUACUUUUACUCAAUAUAAUUGAUCCAUGUGAACAGUAGCUGAAUACGUUGUAGCUCUAAGAAUA